AUGAAUCACAGGAGGGACGAAGAGAUCCCAUCCUCCCUAGCCUCCUCCUACUCCACCAAAGCCUUUAAGCAACCCAAAUCUCUCCCCAGAUCCAUCAACUACAUCUUCAAAGAGCAACACCUCCUCUUCAUCCUCGUUGGCUCCACCUUCUUCAUCCUCCAGCCCACUCUCUCCUGCCUCUCCCUUCCAAGCCCAAACCCUGCAUCCCUAGAUCUUUCUCCUCCGUUCACAACCGAAUCAACACCGCCUCCUUCUCCAUCGACCUCCCCCACAACGCCGGUAAGGUCCCCGCCAGCCUCAGCAAACGCAGGCUCAGGAUCGUCAUCAUCGGUGGCGCCAGCUUCAUUGGGUUUCACCUCGUCGAUAAGUUACUCUCUAGAGAACGAUGUGAUUGUCAUCGACAAUUUGUUCACCAAGAGGAAGGAGAAUGUGGUGCACCAUUGA